CGGCCCUCGUCGCCGCGGGAGCCCCCACUGAUCAGCGAUCGCUCGCUGCACGAGCGAGUGCUAACUUGCGCCGCCCGGCCCCACGCCGCUAGCUCGGCCUCUGCCCCUUUAUUUGGAGCUCGAAGCCGGUGGCGUUAUCCGUCUUCCUCGGCCACUAGCGUCGGCGCUCGCCCGUCCGCCUGCAGUUGCCAUGGCCGUGGAUGUCGACAGGCUCAGCUACGAGAUAUUCUCUAUCCUCGAGAGCAAGUUUCUCUUCGGCUACGACGACUCCCCCCAACCUUCGGUCCUCUCCUCUGCUUCGACCGGUACCCCACCCACGGCUGCUGGUCCCGGCGGUAGAGUCCGCAUUCUGUCCAUCGACGGUGGAGGGCACCCUUCUGAAGCCCUCCUGGCCGCCGCCUCCCUCGCCCGCCUUGAGUCCUCCCUCACCCGGCUUUCCGGCAAUCCCUCCGCUCGCGUCGCUGAUUUCUUCGACGUGGCCUCCGGAUCGGGGGCCGGAGGCGUCCUUGCAUUGAUGCUCUUCGCCCGAGGCGCUGACGGUCGGCCCCUCUUCUCAGCCGACGAGGCGCAGCGGCUCCUCGCAGCCUGGAGCGGCCGGUCGCCGUUCCGAUCCGGUCAGAGGGGGAGUGUGCUGGAGCGACUGCUCAGACGGAGGCCUUGGCGGAGGCUCCGGCGAGCGUUCGGCGACGCGACGCUGAGGGACACAGUGAAGCCGGUGCUGAUCCCGUGCUACGACCUCGCCACCGGGGCCGCCUUCCUCUUCUCUCGGGCGGACGCGAUGGAGGCCGACGGGUACGACUUCCGCAUCCAGGAGGUCUGCGCCGCCACCUGCGCGGACCCUGCGUUCCCCGCGGUGGAGAUUAGCUCCACCGACUGUCGCACGCGGAUCGCCGCCGUGGGAAGCGGCAUCGCGAUGGGGAACCCUGCGGCAGCAGCCAUCACACACGUGCUCAACAACAAGCCGGAGUUCCCCUUCGCCGUAGGGGUGGACGAUCUAAUGCUUCUUUCCUUAGGAACCAACAUCUCCGCUACUCAAAAAGCACCGAGGCGGCCGGCGAAAUCGACUGCGGAACUCGUGAGGAUCACCGUCGACGGCACCGCCGACAUGGUGGACCAGGCAAUUGCGAUGGCCUUUGGACAUAAUCGGAUAAAUAAUUACGUGCGAAUUCAGGAUAACGGGUUUGGAUCGGGUAAUUCUGCUCCGAGAACUAGCGAUCCGAAAGAUUUGAUGCGAACUUUGGAGGACACGUUGCUGCAGAGGAACGUUGAAUCGUCGUUGUUCAGAGGGAAGAAGGUAUCGGAGCAAACAAACGCAGAGAAGCUGGAGCGGUUCGCCGGCGAGCUGAUCAAGGAGGAGGAGAAAAGGAAGAAGAGCUUGAUUCCGAUAGUGGUGCUGAAGCAGGUUAUAACUCCGAGCACUUCCUCCACCGUGUCGAGCGUCGUCACCGCCGCCACAUCGAGGACGUCGACUUCUUGAUCGCUGCCGUUUAAAACAGCUUCGAAGUUCGAUGGAUUAGGGGAAUAAGAGAUCAAGCGCUGCUGCUUGUGUACAUUUCGUAGGUACAUUUGGGUUUUCUAAGGUAGGCCAGUUCAAGAUUUUGGUUGAAUUAGAUCUUAAAUAUCUACCAAAUUUGACAUCUUGUUCAUUUCAUAUUUGAUGGUAGUAAUCAAUCUCUGGCUCCAAGUCUUACUUUAAAA